GUAGUUUGUGCGCGUCCAUUGCGGUAGACACAUCUCCACACGAUAAUCCAUAUAUUUUUGCCACACCAGUUCACGAUAAAUAUCAAUUAUUUUUUCUUCUUAAACACCACCUCGAAGGCACAGAGGCGAACAAGUGUGACCGAUAAGUCUGAGGGAUAUCAGCUACCAUUAAUUCCAAGGACUCUUCCCACAGCACUAGGCUCCAACAUUUCUCUAAUAUAACAUUUUUUUCCCAUUUUGACCUCCUUGGCGUGAGAUUUGCGCGCGAGGGGCCUCUUUUUGGAUUUUUUCGGGGGGAGACAUUUUGAGGAUUUUCAUUUUCCUUCUUCCUGCGGGGGACCUUCGUGAGAACUGGGAGAGAAAAUAGCAAGGAAAAAAAAGAAGGAAAAAUUGAGAAAAGUUUUGUGCAGCCCCCUCCUUGUUGGAAAAGAGGCGGAGAGCCUUUUCUGGGCCAUUUGGACUUGAGCACAGUUAAACGGACGAAGUGGUACCGAAGGAGUGUGUCCUGAGUGUCGAAGCGAGUCGAGGGGAGUUUUGUGUGUGAAAAUUCCCAAGGAAAAUUGGACCAUCCUCUGCAGUGGAUUCCCGUGUUGGAUUUGCAAACGGGAACGUAGCAGAGGAGGUGAGGCGGGGGCGGAGGUGGAGGAGGCACCAGGAUACAAAUUUUUGUAAACUCGUCAGCCGUGCGAGCACAAAUCGACGAAAUGCCGUCACCCAGAAUACCCACACAAUCCACCAGUCCAUGGUAGAAGGGAUUGCCUGAGUACACAUCCGGACAUUGUGUGUGAAGGAGGCAGAAGAAUGGGGCCCCCAAGAGACGCCCCAGGUGCCACCGAGGGUGGCACCGGCGAGAGGCACCGAACAAUCGUAGCCAUCGUCCUCAAAGUCAUCUUGGGAGUUGCGGCCACCACCCUGUUCCUGCCGUCGCAGAUGCUAGUCAGUGCUGACCACCAACACCUCCACAGCCACCAACUGGAGUUGGAACCUGAAAAUGCCACCGCCACCAUCAUUAUCAUGAACGGAUCCUCACCCAAUGGUACCAAUAAUGAUACGCACAAGGAUCCCCUCUUUCCUGAAGACCUCUUCACAUUGGAGCAACGUCGAAAUGGUGCUGUUAUCUUUCACAUAAUUGGUGUCAUCUACAUGUUUGUCGCUCUCGCGAUAGUCUGCGACGAGUUCUUUGUGCCUUCUCUGGAUGUCAUCAUCGAAAAGUUGGGCAUUGCCGAUGAUGUGGCUGGUGCCACAUUCAUGGCAGCCGGUGGUAGUGCUCCGGAACUCUUCACCAGUGUCAUUGGUGUCUUUGUGUCCUUCGACGAUGUCGGUAUCGGUACAAUUGUCGGUAGUGCGGUAUUCAACAUAUUAUUCGUAAUCGGCAUGUGUGCAUUAUUCUCAAAGACGAUACUCACCCUAACAUGGUGGCCCCUCUUCCGCGAUUGCACCUUCUACAGUACCAGUCUUCUCAUUCUCAUUAUAUUUUUUCGUGAUAACCUCAUCGAGUGGUGGGAGGCGCUCAUUCUCUUCCUCAUCUAUGCAGCCUACGUUAGCUUCAUGAAGUGGAACCAGCAGGUGGAGCGGUGCGUGAAAAAAUUUAUCUACAAGAACAAGGUGACCAGAGUACGAAGCACUGAUCAACUAAUGCCUGCAGUAAAUAGUUGCAACAAAAAUAAUGAAACUCAAGGGAUAUUUGUCUGGAGAAUUUCACUCACUGAUAAGGGCAAUGCGGCCAAUUCAUCUGAAACGUCAAUGGCAACCCAGCCCGGAGGUUCAGUUACUUCUAGGGCUGCGUCCGAAAGUCGAUCUGGGCCACCUGGAUCGAGUAGCGGAGCCACUGGCACCAGUGCUGGCACGAGUACAGUGACAGGCGCCAAAUUCCGCCACGGACUGUUGCAAUUGAUGAUACACACCAUUGAUCCACUUCAUGAUGGCAAAGUGGAUGAAAAAGCGACACAAUUGCAUGCCAUUGCCUCCCUCAAAGUGCUUCUGGACGCCACGAAACCACAAAGAGGAGCUGCCACCUCCACAGCCGCAAAUCACGUUAAGAUUAACCUAAAAGAAACGACAUUAGCUAGCGAUCGUCCUAAUGGAAAUAUAGAUACGCGACUCGAUUCGGGUUAUCUAUUACAACAGGGAAAUGAGAUUGAGGAGGAGCCAGAGGCGCUCAGUAUGUCGUGGCCUAGUACAGGGAAAAAGCGGAUAACAUAUUUGCUAGUGGCCCCCAUCCUCUUUCCACUCUGGUUAACGCUCCCCGACACGAGAACACCGCGAGGGAAGAGGUUCUUUCCGGUGACCUUUAUCGGCUCAAUUGUAUGGAUUGCUGCCUACUCGUACUUGAUGGUGUGGUGGGCCAACGUCGCCGGUGACACUGCCCGCAUUCCACCAGAGGUGAUGGGUCUGACUUUCCUAGCUGCAGGUACCUCAAUUCCGGAUCUCAUUACAUCCGUGAUCGUGGCCCGAAAGGGAUUCGGUGAUAUGGCUGUCUCUAGUUCCGUGGGUAGCAACAUUUUCGACGUCACCGUAGGAUUGCCAGUGCCGUGGCUGCUGUAUGGCAUAAUUUAUGGACAACCGGUCACAGUGAAUUCGGUCGGAAUGGUUUGUUCAAUUACAAUUUUAUUUAUGAUGUUAUUAUUUGUCAUCCUGUCGAUUGCCUGUUUCCGAUGGCGAAUGAACAAAAGUCUCGGCCUAACCAUGUUCUUGCUGUACUUUGUCUUCGUCGCCGUGUCUCUUAUGUUCGAGUACGAUUUCAUUGAGUGCCCCGUUUAAGUUUGAACACAUACAAAAAACAAACAAAAAAAAUGGAAAUAGGGAACCCCACCAUUCGCCCAGCAUUUUCCCCCAAACUAAAAGAAAAUACCAAAUAAAAGAAGAAGAACCUCCCCGCAUAAUGAUUCCAACAUAAUAUAAAAAAAAUCUCCAGUGUCUGCAGAAGUAUUAUUCACCAAUCGAUUGAUGCAGCUGAAAGAAAAAUUUUCUCAGCAAACAAAAGCGAUUGGCCCCGAAGAAAAAAAAUAUAUUGCGGGAUGGUUUAAAAUUCUUGCGUGAAAAUGCUACUUUUGCUCAGCAAAACUGCAUUCAAUAGUGUUCCAUUAAAAUGUCAUUCGCGUAUACACACCAAGUCGCAGUUGAAGGAGUUAAAUUUCGCGUAAAUAGCCAUUAAACAAAGUAUAUAAAAAAAGAGUUGUUUUAUAAUGUCAAAUAGUAAAAAAAAAAAAGAAUUAUUAUAUUAUAAAUGAAAAACAAUCAAUAUAGAAAGAAUUUCCUUUCGUUCGAAGCUCUGCGGCGCGGAUAGGAAAAAAAACGAUGAGACAUUAAAUUAAAAUUGCAAAAAAAAAAUCUAAAACAUUAGUCAGCUUCAAAUUUCAUCAAAAAAGCGAAAAUAUAACAUGGCAACAAUAUAAGAGCUGCAGAAUAAAAAAAAACGUUUCUAUUUAAUAAAAAAAAAUAUUUAGUGCAAAUAUUUAUAUAAAAGGAGUCAUAUAUUGUCAAAAAUGACUGACAAAGAGAAAAAAACGUAGUCGAAUUAGCAAAAAAAAACAUUUUCUUAAAAAAUAAAAGACAAAAAAAAAGAAGUUAAAGUAUUGAAUUCCACCAUUCUUCGAAAUAUUCUUCCUCUUAUUCUCUAUAAUAAUGAAAAAAAUAUUGCUAUAUUAAACUAAAGGAAAAAAAAAGAGAACGAAAAAAAUUGAAAAAAACUCAACUUUAAAAAAUGAAAAAUGUUCUUAACUUAUUGAAAAAAAAACACAAAUUGCGACACUAGCGGCACUUUACUUGUGAUUUACUAACUUUGUCUCUAUUACAAAACAUAUUUCAUAAGCGAGUGGGGUAAAAAGCGGUGUGUGUGGAAGAUGAAAUGGGUAUGAGAAAUGAGAAUGUAUCAAUUUUGUAUAGCAUGAUUAAUAAUUCAGGAGCAGUAAAUGAGAAAAAUCCUCUAUUAUUCAUUUUAUUUCUACAUAACUUCAAUUUAUUAUUAUCCUUUUGGAACGCUAUACCUGCAACUUAACUAUGGAAUACAGUGCGUUGCAAAAGUUCUGUGACGAAGUUUAAAAAGAAAUCUUGUGGAAUAUUUUACGAUUCGAUUUUUUGUGGAUCAGAAUAGGUUUUUUUUUAAAUUAAUUAAUAGCUGUUGAUUUAUCAAAUAUUUAUGAUUUUUUGAAUUAUGAAGAGAUAUUCCUUUGUCUUUAAUACUUAAUUUUUUUUAUUUUUAUCUUAAAAAUUUCUGAACAGGUUAAUAAAGAUUUUUAUAAAUGAUUAAGACUCAAUUUCUUGACGUAAAAUUUUGUAGUAAACUCGAGAAAAAAAUUAAAAAUAAUUUAAAAAUAAGUUAUAAUAAAUUACAUAUGACAAUGGAGGCGCCUGGUUGCUAUAGGGAUUCUCAAAUUUAUUUUAAAACAGACAAAAUCUCAAUUUAUGAGGCGUCCAACUAUUUUAUUUUUAUUUAAUAAAUUUUAAAUUAACCAUAUAUCAAAAUAAAGGCAUCUACUUGUCUUUAAAUAUCUCAAAAUUAUCAUUAAAGAAGAAAGAGGUGCCACAACUCCCAUAAUUCUCCUCCAAUGCGUUUAUACUUUUGCUACAAACUGUAUUCUUGGGGACUGAUAAUAUAUUUUUCCCUUUUCACCACCCAUAUUUGGUAUGAAUGUAAAAUCGACAUUUUUUUUUUUAAAUUGGCGCCACUUGAAAUGAUGGAAAAUGUUACCUUUGAGAAGAAAAAAAAUGGCAUCUCCUUCUAAGAAUUCUCUUAUCACUGUCGCUAUAUAUACUGAAUUAUGUCAUAGAUAAGCAAAUAUAACGCAAAGUUGAAGUGAAAUCGCAAAUACAUAUAUAAUAAAAAAAGUACAAAUUUCCAUUCGAUUUAUUUAUUGAGUCAUUUCAGUGGAUGGAAAUCUAUGAGUUUAGCUUUUUUGGAGAAAGUGAUUUAAUAUUUAAACUGCUUCUAUAUUGCUUUACAUCUUGAAAAAGUUUAAGAAAAACAUACAGCGUGAGAGGUUAAAUAAUGAUAAGGGGGUAGUGGUGAGAAAAUGGACUUUCCUGCAAAUGCAAGAAGAUGGAAUUUAUCAAAAAGCUCCCCCAGGAAUGAACAGAGAAAAUUGCAUAAAAUAUUUUCAAACAGUUCCCUCAACUAUCCCACAAACUUUAUCCCCUCUUUCAUGGAAAACAAAACCCUCGUCUAGUUCUAUAUUUAAAAUCCACUCUCUCUCUCUCUGAUCUCUUUUUCUGCCUAUACGUACAUAUAUAUAACUCACGAUGAUACAAAAUAUUUAUAUUUAAAGAAAAAGAGUAAAGCAAGGUUGUCUUUCCCACCCAAAUUUGAUAUUUUAGCUACAAACUAUAUAUUUCCCUUGAUAUUUCCUGUUCUUUCAUUAAACUUUCAAAUCACUAUAAAUUGGAAUGAUUCCCAUUUUUUAAAUCAAUUCCGCAAGAAAAUAAGAAAAGUGAAAUAUUUAAAAGAUCGAAAAAAAAGAAUAAAAUUCAAAUUUUCAUAUAAGUUUUGUGAGAAACAUUUUUUCACGCGAUAUUGGAUGAAUAAAAAAAGACAAAAUACUGAAAGAAAAAAUCCAAAGCAAUAAGCAAUAUUUGUAGAUGUUACUGAUUACAGAGAUGAUGAUAAAUUCGUAAUUUUUCAAAUUCAUUUAAUUCAUAGUAAGAUUAUUGAUGAUAAAUGAAGCGAAAACAAAACAUGUUAAUUGCAUUCAAAGUAAUGUAAAUAAGUGAAGAAUGUAAUAGUUAAAUAUAAUAUUUAACUUUGGUAUAUGACAAAGAUGAGAUGAGAAAUCUUGUAUAACCCCGAAAACAUAAACAAAAUGUUUUUUCUGAUAUAUAAUGAAAAAAAAAACUUAUAUAGAAUUUGAAGAAAAAUAGGAAGAAAAUUCCAUCAUUUUCACAUCAUUCUUUUCACAUUGCAUUCACUAAAAAAAAACAUUUUUUUCACAAUUCAAAAUUUUUGCCACUAUAUACAAAAAAAAGAAAUGAAAAAAUAAAAUAUAGUUAACAAAAGCAUGUCAUGCAUACGUUUCAUUGAAAAAUCAUUCGCGUUUAUAUUUUAUCUUUAUUGUAAUAGCGUUAUAUUAUAUACAUAAUAUUGCAUUUAAUGGGAAAAGAUGGAAAAACCACAAAGAAAAAAAACUUGUGAAAAAAAAUAUAAAAGAAUUGUGUGUUAUAACGUUGUAAUAAAAGGAAAAAGUUUAUUUGCAGGGCAGAGAAAAUGAGAAGUGAGACUCACAACUGAAAAGUAAGAUGAAUAAAAAACUGAAAAACAAGCAAAUAUAGCAAAAGAAUGAAAAUUAUAAACUAUAGAGCCAUUUAUUAACUGGUAACUAUACAUUACAAUGGUGAAAAUAGAAAAUACAUCCUUUUUAUAUGUAUGAAUUAAUAAAGAAAAUAUAUAUAAAAGAUAAUUGUUAUACGCUUCUAGUUUGUAAGUCCAAUAUACACUCAUUAAAAAAAAACAUUUAAUUAUUAUAUUUUUCUCUUUUAUUAGCUUCUUAGCGAUUUUACUUUCAACAAAUUAUAUUUUUAUAAAUAUUUUGUUGCCAAAGAAAGCUUGAAAUUUAUUAUUCAGCAGAAGCUGUUUAUUUUCCUACAACUCAAGAGCAUUAUUAAUUAACAAACAACUUUAAGUGCUUUGCAAACUAAUUUUAGAGAUUAAUUUUGCUUCAAGUAAAAAAAUUUGAUGAAGACAUUGCGAAAAGACAAAAAGAAUAAAAGAACUUUAAAACAGCUGAAGAGAAAGUCAAAAUAUAUUUUUUGUCAGAAAAGUAAAAUUUAUUUCAUCAGUCGGCAAUGAUUGUUUGCUUAAUGAUCCAAGAAGUUAGAAACAUCCUAAAUAUCACAUUGAAGUUCUAUAAUAUCUGAGAUAGAAACCAUAUAUUUUGGGAAUAGAGUUUAGAACUUUGUCUUUAAAAUUGACAUUUAAUUGAAUUAAUUUGUUGAACAAGUUCUUCAUCAAAUUUAUCACAAACUAUGGUCUUCCUAUAAGCAGAGUAUAAUUACAAAUUAAAAUUGCUUUAAGAAUAAUUUUCAAAGAAAAAGAAAAGAAAGAAUUGUGGAAGUUUGUCGCUCAAAUAUAUUUUUCUGCCUGAAAAUACAUUUUCAAUUGCAUGGAAAUUAUUUUUAUUUCGGGAGUUCCAUAAAUAUUUAGGCAACUCAGAAAAUCACAAAAAAGUAUUUUAACGUCUCUCACAAUAAACACAACUCACAAUGUUAUAUACCAAAAAAAAAGAUGAAAGUCCAUAACAUAUAGAGAAAAUAUAAAAUGUAAUUAAAAAAAAACUAGGUGACAUUAUAUACAGAUGAAGAAAAAAAGAUAAAAUUGUAAAAUUCAAUAUAUUAUAAAUGAAAAAGAAAUGAUAUUAAAAAAAAAAUAAAGAAUUACUUAUGUUGCUCUGCCUUAAAAGCCAUUCACAAAGAAGAAGAAAAAAUUGUUAAACUGAAGAUUUAAUUGACUAAAAUGAGAGGGGUGAGAGAGGGAAAUAGGGAGAAAGGAGAUAAAUAGAAAAUGAAACAGUACAUUAAUAAAAAAGAUGAUGAAAAUAUGUUGUUUAUUAGAUUGAAGGAUAAAAAGUUUUAAAAAAAAAGUUUAUUUAUUAAAAGCGAAGAAAAAAAUAGAGAAAUAGAAAUGAUAUAAAUUGAAAAAAUUCUUAUAUACAAGAUGAAAAAAUUGUAUAUACAAAAAUUGUUAUGACCAAAAGAAUAAAAAUGUAAAAAUUGAUUUUUUAUCUUAAUAAAUUGUAGUGAUGAGUAUUUAUUACCACGAUUUUGAAAUGAUGAAAAUGUAUGACAAAAUAGACGAAGUUAUAAAACAAAGACAUAGAAUGAAAAGUUUUACCGACACAAUAAGCAAAAAAAGAAAGAUAUUAGUCUAAAGUUUUUAGACGAUAUUUAACCAAAACUAUAUACCGUGAAAAAAAAUCAUGAAACCAAUUAUCUCCAAUUUCAUUAUAUAUCAAACUUUUAAAAGAAACUACAUUGCAUUGAAAAAAUCGAAAAAUUUAAACCAGGAAGAAAGAAAAUACCAACAAAUAUUAAAAAAAAAAAAACAAAAAAGCCGUAGAAACAACGAUUAUUACAUUUAAAAAAGAAAUCAUGAAAAGGUACUCUUAAAAAUAAUUUAAAUGAAAAGGUAAAUGAAUAUAAAUUCAUUGAGAAAAUUAUUAUUGAAAAAAAAGUAAUGUUAACUAGUUAUAUAGGUCAUUGAAUAGUGAGGUUAAACAUUGUGCGAAUUUCAAAAGAAUUGGGAAAAGGUUGCUGAACAAGAGAGGAAUAAAAACUGAUUAAAUUGCGCGAGUUUGGAAAAUGGAGUGUUGUUUAAAAUAUUUUAAAAUGAAUCUGUCACCCAACGUAAAGAAAAAUGCAUAAGAAGUUCUUCUUAGUAAAUAAAAUUAAAUAUACAGCGUGGGGAAGUGCUAAUGUCUCAAUAUCAGGCGCUUUUGAUUAAAUUUUAACACAAAUUAUCUGUUUUUUUUCUGCAAAAAUAUAUAUUAAUUUUUGUUUUAUAUUCUAUAUGUUAUGAUUUAAUCUCAAUUGUCUUUAUCCUUAUUCUUGUCUUUAUCUUAAAAAAAUAACCUUUUUAGGUUUUUUUUUAAAGUUUUGAAAUAUUAUUUUUAAAAAUUGCCCAUAAAUUGAGACAUUUUUACUAAACUACACUGUAUACGUAAUAUAAAAGAAAACAAGACAAAUAUUAUCCUUCCAACUCCUCUUUCUAUUUUGUUCAAAUUCUUUUUUUUUAGUAAAUCUACAAUUCUUUCAAUUUGUCUGCAUACUCAAAUGAUUUUUUUUAGAGAAAAAAAUAAGAAAUAGGGAAAACAGAGGUCUUUUGAAAAAUUGUAAAUAGAACAUCGUGGUAUUUUGUAUUUAUAAAAAUAGAUAGUUCCUAUUUGGAAAGCAACAUUGAUUUCCUAAUUUGCUCUUCUUCUCUCUUUUUUCUUUUAAUAAUUUCAUUUAAAUGAAAAGAGAUUUUAGUAAAAAAAAAAAUUAAAAAAAAAAGUUUCUUCAUCCUGUUGAAUGAUGCUCUGUGAUGAAUUUUUAACAUAUAAUUGUUGUAUAAUUCUUAGUAAGUUUUUAUUAAUUUUGGCCAUAUGUAAAUAAUUUCGAUUGGAAAGUUUGUGAUAUUGAGGUUAAAAAAAAUAUUUUAACAAAUAGAUAAAGCAGAAUAUUAGUUCAAAAAAGACAUAUUUUUCAAAGUUAUAAUGAAAAACGCGCAAAGGCUCCAUUGUAAAAUAAUCUUAUAUUAAACGAGGUAAAUUGUUGCUUUGCUGCAAUUAAUCUCGUAUUAAAAAAAUCUGUUAAAUUCAAAUUAAUAAAAAAAGAAAUGAACUAUUGUUAUUAGAAGAAAAACUGAAUUUUAUUUUAACAAAAUGAUAAAUUUAAACGUUAUAAAUCUCGAGCUACAUUAUUGCAAAAAAAAAUGCAUUUCACUUGGCAAGAAACAAUAUUAUAUUAAAAUAUACGCUUAGCAGAUGGAAAGGAAUUAAAAUCUAUAUACAAAAAAGUAAACAAAUUUAUAAAUUUAUUGACGAGUUAGGAAAAAAAACAAUGUAACUCAUAUAAAAAAAAACUGUCAAUUGUGAUCUUAUGAUUUUACCUUUCCUGUUAAUAUGACAAAAAGUUCCCUAAUUUUAAACGAAUUCUAAUAAAUUGUUGAAGCUUAUGAUAUCCAAAAUGGAAAAUCUUUAAAAUUUUGUGUUUGUUCACUUUUAUAAACAUAUCGUCAAUUUUUCAAUGUGUGAAAAAUUCACAUAUCAAAAAAAAGGAAUAGAUAAAUGGCAAAGGACAUAACGUGAAUUAUAAAGAGUUUCAGCAUACAAAAUGAUAAGAUAAAGAAAUGAAUUUUGUCAGCAGGAGGAAUAAUAAAAAAAAAUGAGAAAUCAAAUAUCUAAGCGAAUAAAUUUGAUUUGAGGCGAGAAAAACAACUUUUGAAAAUUCAACUUUAAUAUUUCAGCAUUAAUUUGCUGGAAGAAAAAAAACUAAGAGGCAUAAAAUUUCUCCUCCUCCAAAGUAAAAAAAACACUCAAUUUGUAAAUAAUUUCUGUACAAUAUAUUGUCACUAUACCUUGUAAUGUUAUUGAAAUGAAAAAGUAUAUAGUUAAAACAAAGUUUUCCUCGAGUUAAUUUUGGUGACGAACUUUAAUCUCCGAAAGUUUGCGCAUUAGAUCAAUUUAAAAUGCUAUAAAUAAUUCCAAAAUUGUUUUGGAUUCUUUUUUUGUUUCGUUGAAUUUGCAAUAAGUUUUGGUGUUUUUUGAUUCGAUGUAGAGAGAAAAAAAUGAGAACGUCGGUGUGUCCAAAGAAAUAGUUCAUUUUAAAAUAUUUUAUCAUAAAAAAAUGAAAAAAAAAAACCUUAUAGAUUUUAUUAAAGUUAAGGAAAAGUAAAUAAUACAUUAAAUGAAUUAACUGACAAAUAUAUGUAAAGAAUUAAUUUAUGCAGACAAUAUAAAACCACAAACAAUU